CUCAGUUGCACUUCUAAGAGUGCAAGUACUCAGUCAUGGCCCAAGAGACAGCACCACCCUGUGGCUCAGUCUCAAUGGGUGACUGUCAGAUUAUAGAAAAGAUGGAAAAAAAGACAUGUGCCCUCUGCCCUGAAGGCCAUGAGUGGAGUCAGAUAUACUUUGCACCAUCAGCGAAUAUAGUUGCUCAUGAAAACUGUUUGCUGUAUUCAUCAGGACUGGUGGAGUGUGAGAUUCAUGAUCCACCUAACACAGCUAGAAACUUUGAUGUCAAAUCAGUAAAGAAAGAGAUCUGGAGAGGGAAAAGACUGAAAUGCUCACUCUGUAACAAAGGAGGUGCCACCGUGGGAUGUGAUUUGUCGUACUGUAAGAAGAGUUACCACUAUAUCUGUGCCAAAAAGGACCACGCAAUUACUCAAGUUGAUGGAGAUCACGGAACUUACAAAGUAUUUUGCCCAGAGCAUCCUCCACAAGAAGAGACCACUGAAAGUGCUGAUAGCCCAAGCAUGAAGAAAAAAGGAAAGAAGAAACGCCUCUCAUCAGGCCCUCCCACACAGCCAAAAAAGAUGAAACUCAGUAGCUCCAAAAGACAUGUGACAGAAGAGCCUCACGGCCACACAGAUGCAGCUGUCAAAGCUCCUUUUCUCAAGAAAUGCCAGGACGCUGGACUUCUUACUGAAUUAUUUGAACAGAUCCUGGAAAAAAUGGAUUUAAUUCAUGGAAGAUUUAUGGAUGAGAGUGCUUCAGAGUCAGACUAUGAAGGGAUCCAGACCUUACUGUUUGAGAGUGGGCUGUUUGAAGACACAUUAAUACAAUUCCAAGAAGCAAUCAAGAGGAAAACUUGUGAAUAUGAAGAAAGGCAGAGGCAGAUGAGGCAGCAGCUUGAGGCGCUUGCAGACUUACAACAAAACUUGUGCUCAUUUCAAGAAAAUGGGGACCUGGACCACUCAAGUUCUUCCUCAGGAUCCUUGCUACCUCCUGAGGACCACCAGGUCAGAUGCCAGGAGUCUCCUGAAGUGCAAGCAGGCUCAGGACACAGCCUGUGACAGACCCACAGUCCCUCCCGCUCUGACCUGCUACUGCUCACCCAUGCUCCAUACUUGAUUGGGUGUUUCUUGACCCCUCUCUUGUCCUCACUUGUCCUGCUUUCUCCUGACAGUAAAAGCUGUUCCUCAGGUCAAAAGGAUCAGGCCUCCAUGUUCUCCAAGGAGUGAGGAAGUCUUCCUACCUACCCUACCCACCCCAGUCAAGGGCAGCAACAUCAGAGCCUUUGCUCAUCCUUUUGUGGAGACUUAGAGCUUCCUCUUGCUUCUGCUGCUCCUGCAGAAGGUCUCACCAUGGUCUCCCCUCACUAUUCUUAUUCCAUAAGAACACAGCAAACUCAUCCCUGCGCAUUUCGCAUUCCCAACAUUUAGCACACUUAAUAAAUGCUUGU